CGAUUUGCAGUGAACGGGCUGCUUUGCUGUUUCUGCAAAGAAGCUAUGAAGUGCAAGCAAAGUCGUACAUUAAUGCGAAUUUCUUUGGUCAUUUUCAUAGUUUCGCGCUUUGCAUGCGCGUCGUCAACGCAAGAAAGCAACGAGGAGGAAACCCUCAUUGAAGACUUUUUCGUGUGCCGUACCUGUGGAAGUGAUAUUAGUGUAGCCAACCUACUUUUCGACAAGUACAGCCCACUAGCCCUGAGCGCCACCAACCACACGCUGACGGAGGGCAGAUCCGUUCUGAUCCAAGAAGUCCAGAACUCGCGCGGCUUUCGCUACACAAUCUUUCUCGUCAAACAAGCUUCCUGCCAAAAAAUAACAGCGCAACGCUGGAUUCAUAAAUCAAGCUGGUUUCCCGGGUAUGCUUGGAAGUUUUGCAUGUGCCCCAAGUGUCGGAUGCUAGUCGGGUUUAUGUUCGAACCAAUCGACAGUGCCACCAUUGAGCAAAAUUUCCCAUCCGGCGAAGGCUUUUACGCUCUCAUCUAUCACAGCAUCAUCACAGAAGGAUACGUCAAUUCUUUGCUAAUGAAAGAAAAGGUAUUACGGGAAAACUAAAAACACCUACAUUACUGCCACUAACCUGAGCAACCAUGGUGGAUCCGAAAAGGCACAUCAAUAAACUUUCCCCCGAGGAGCAAGCCUUCCUCGAUGAGUGUGAGAAUGAGUUUACGAACCGGUUCACAGAC